CUGGCCCGCACUGUAAUUUUCUGUAGAACCCUUCUAAGUUCACAAUUCAGAAUCUGAAGAUCUUUACUCCGACUAGGGCACAAACCUUCGAAGGUCGAAAAUGUCUAUUCAGACAGGCAAAUUGAUGCCGAAUCUGGACCAGAACAGCACAAAGCUCCUCAACCUCACUGUCCUUCAGAGGAUGGAUCCCCACAUCGAAGAGAUCUUAAUUACUUCCGCCCAUGUUACAUUUUACGAAUUCAACGUAGACCUUAACCAAUGGAGUCGCAAAGAUGUCGAAGGGUCUCUAUUUGUUGUAAAGAGGAACACUCAACCACGAUUCCAAUUUAUUGUUAUGAACAGGAGAAACACAGAAAAUCUGAUUGAGGAUCUUCUUGGAGAUUUUGAAUAUGAAGUUCAAGUUCCCUAUUUAUUGUAUCGCAAUGCAGCUGAAGAGGUUAAUGGAAUAUGGUUCUAUAACUCACGUGAAUGUGAAGAAAUUGCUAGUCUUUUCAAUAGGAUUUUGAGUGCAUACUCUAAGGUGCCUCCAAAAGCAAAUGUAUUCUCCACCAAAAGGGAGUUUGAGGAGCUAGAAGCAGUCCCCACCACAGCAUUGAUUGAAGGACCACCUGAACUAUCCUUGGCACAUCCCUCUACUGCUGAUGCAUCAGAAGAUUCAUCGUUUAUGAACUUCUUUAGCAGAGCUGUUAAUAUCGGACAAAAUACUCCUGCUGUAGCUAGCUCUGGACAGCCGUAUUAUGUUCCAGCUCCCCCCUUAUCUUCAAAUGCAGCUGUUUCGAUUCCCCCUCCUUCACAAGCCAUGCAAGUUCCAUCUCUUCCAAUGUCAUCUGCUCCUCCAAUGCCCUUCAAUGAAAAUCAAGGUCUAAUCAACAGUAAUAGAAUUGCCAAUCUUGUGAAACCCUCUUCUUUUGUUGCACCGCCUUAUACCUCGUCUGCUCCUCUACCCGUGCCUUCUCCAUUGCCUAUCACGUUGCAUCUUGUUCCAAAUCUGGAUCGGCCACAUGGAACUCCAUUGCUCCAACCUUUUCCCCCACCAACACCAUCACUAUCACUUACACCUGGUUCUACCUCUUUAAAUCAUGCAGAUAUCAGCAGAGACACAGUCCGUAACGCACUUCUCGAACUUGUUCAGGACAAUCAAUUCAUUGACAUGUUUUACCAAGCAUUGCUGAAGGUCCAUCACUCGUGACGUCUUUCCAGAUCGUGCCUUUCACCUGUUGAGUAUAAGUGUUUUGCAUAUAAUUGUUUUUUUGUACGUGUAUAUAUUAGCUAAAAGAGAAAAAAUCGCGAGAUGAAAAUUAGUCUUAUCUUUGUUGAAUCUUUUGUUAUCAUUUUCAGUUUUCUUUUAUAUUCAAUUAGAUCACCAAUUGCAGUUUAUUUAUGACACUCUUUCU